AUGUACUAUCAUGUGGAAGAUUUAUUCUUCAAGAUUGGAAGGGUGGCUAAUAUGUACAUUCAAAGAGCUAGAAAACGUACUAGAAAAUCCAAGUUUGGUUUUGUUCGAUUCUUUACAAGUGCAGAGGCAACUAAAGCCAUUCAAGAGCUCGAUGGUAUACUCGUGAAUGGGGCUGCAAUGCACUUGAGCUAUGCCAGAUUUCCUCUGUUCCAAGACAAGGCAAAUUGCAAUGUUGUUGGGGGUAAUCAGAGUGGUAAAUCUUUUAAACAGAUUUGGGUACAUAAGAAAAAGAAAGGUGUGGCGGUGCCUUUGGAUUCGGUGGUGCGUGUUGCCUCAAGGGAAGAUGGUAAAAAUCGGGUGGAGAGAACUUUGAUCGCUUCUUCUCCUGAGGACUUUGUUUCAGCAGAACAAAGCUUGGAUAUAGAAACUAAGGAUAGACUGAGGUAUGAUGUUGCUAAGGUGUUGAUCAGAUCAUCAAUGCCCAGUUUUAAGGAGAAAUUCAUUGGGGCUAUUGUAGAUGAGGAGAAAGUUUCGAUAGCCGUUGAAGCCAACCUUUGUUUUGUUUCAUCUUCACCUGUUGUCAAGCUUUCGGAAGCUGGGUUUUCUUCUCCUCCUCUUUCGGCUUCUCAGGAGACGUUUUCCUCAGGGGCGGACCCACGUAGUAGUCAGGGGGUUCAGUUGAACCCCAAAAAAAGAAUUUCUACUUACCCCCCUGUCUGGCCAUCACGCAGCCCACCACCGGCCACCGGCCCACCACCACGCCACGCCACCACCGCCGCGCGCCUCUCAAUCUCUAUAUCUCACGAGAACGAGAAGGUCACUCACUCACUCUUAGUGCUCUGCGUUGGGAAUCUGCACAGCUGCACUCAAGGAGUCAAGAGAAAUGGGUUUACAGUCACAGAUGUGUUUUAA